CGCUCGCUUACCCACCGACUUUAUUCACCUCCAACUCCCUUCCUCGAACUCCUGCCGACUCUUCUAUCUCCGAUCAUAUAAUCCCGAAAACCCUCCCAUCUCCCUGCCCGUUUAUCCUUCCAUAUGACGAGGAACGAAAAUUCUAUGACCGGUUACGAUGCCUUUUGUCCAGAAGCAUGUGAUCUUCGUAUCUUUUUGUUUUAUCUCUGUUGGGAUCCCAUUAUCAAAGUCAUAAUGAUGAAAAAUUCGUUGCAUUUACACCUGGAUUCAUUCCAUCGAGAUUCCUUUUUUUUUUCUGUGUUUUCUUGCCUAUUGGGACCGCUGUCACUCAAACCAUAUAUUUUCUCCAUGUAUACCCCACUAGUUUGGACUGGGCCUUAUCAUUUCUUGUUACCAUCAAUGGCCAGGGCUUGUUUCUUGUUUCUGGUUCUCGACUACAUGUUUUCCGUUCGAUUAACUACUACAGCUUUGCGCAACUCAAAAUACACCACAACCUUCUACUCCUUUGUGUCUUGUGUGGGACUGUGUAUGUGUACGUUUACUAGGAUUCUCUUUUUGGAAUUACGGGUUGUUUCUGAAGUCUGUUGGUGCAGAUACGAUGGGCAUGAUUGGAUUGGAGUUUUGGCUGGAUGCCAUUGGCCUCUGCGAGGCAGAAUGUGAUUCACUUCCCAUGAUCUUAUACUAUAGUCAAGUCACCGCCGGUUGUUUAAA